AUCAACAAAAAAAAAUCCUUUUUUUUCUACUCUCUCUUCUUUCUAGUUCCUUUAAUUUAUUUUUUCUUUAUUUUGCAUAUGAGCAAAAGUAUAUUACUAAUGAGUAAUAAUAAUAAUAAUAAUAAUAAUUCAUCAAAUGAAGAUGAAUUAUUUGAGCUAAGAAGAGGGCCAUGGACUCUUGAAGAAGAUAAUCUUCUUAUUCAUUAUAUUUCUACUCAUGGUGAAGGUCGUUGGAAUGCCUUAGCAAAAUGUGCUGGAUUGAAGAGAACAGGAAAAAGUUGUAGACUAAGGUGGCUGAACUAUUUAAAACCAGAUAUUAAACGUGGAAAUCUCACUCCACAAGAACAACUCUUAAUUCUUGAACUUCACUCCAAAUGGGGAAAUAGGUGGUCAAAGAUUGCUCAGCAUUUACCAGGAAGAACAGAUAAUGAAAUCAAGAAUUAUUGGAGAACAAGAGUACAAAAACAAGCAAGACAACUCAAAGUUGAUUCAAAUAGCAAGAAGUUUGUUGAAGCAAUCAAGAAUCUAUGGGUGCCAAGAUUACUUGAAAAAAUGGAACAAUGUUCUUCAUCAUCCAUUGAAAAAAAACAGAACCUUUCAGUACUUCCUAAUUUACCCUUAACCAAUAAUCAAGAACCUAGUACAAAACAGAACAAAUCCCAUGAUACUAAUAAUAAUAAUGUUAACAACACAACAUGGGCUUCACUAGAAAAUUUAAGAAUCAAUUCAUCAGAUUCAAUGAAUGUGCUGACAGAAAAUUUCAAUUCAAUUCAUCAAGAUGAUGAGUGUUACCAUGUGGGAAGUUUCAUCCAGCAGCCAGAGCAUUUUACAUAUCAAGAAAUGUCAAUUUCAGAGUGUGAGGUGGCAGAAGCUAAUUGGUUCACUGAUGAAGGAUCAUUGUGGAACAUGGAUGAGUUUUGGCAAUUCAAAAAGCUAGAAGAUGUAAACAUCUAGCUAGACUUGGGCAAUUUUCAAAAGUCAAGAAAGGGAUGUGUGAGUGGGGGGGGGGGGGGGGGGGCAAAAUGCAAAUCAUAAUAUAGUAUUUGAAAGUCUUAGCUUAGCUUUAUAUCACUUUUGAUAAUGCCUAUAUGCUAUGGACUAUGGUUUUUAGUAGGUUUUAAAAAAGUUCUAACUAUGACUUGUACAGAGGAAAUAUCAAAUGGCUACUCUUUAAGUGUCUAUUAAGAAAUGUUUUUCUUGAUUUUUUGUUUAAUUAUUUUUCAUGUUUUUUUCUAUUGAGAACUCCGAAUGUGUGAACUUGCUCAUUUUGCUGGUUCCAAGCUCGAAUAAAGGAGUUGUCGGUGUAAAA